GUGGCUACUUUACCAAAGUAGAUUUUGGUUAUUCGUGGAUUGCAGAAACUGGGGAGUCAAGUGAGUGGAAAUCAAAUCAAAUGGGGAUUACGAGGAACAGAUACUGGGUACUCAGACAUGGUAAAAGCAUUCCCAACGAAACUGGCCUCAUUGUUUCUUCUCUGGAAAACGGGAAGCUUGAGAAAUACAAGUUAGCAUCGGAAGGUAUUAACCAAGCACAACUGGCUGGUGAAUUAUUCUUAAAGGAACUCAAGGAAAACGGCAUUCCACUCGAAAAUGUAAGAAUAUGUUAUUCUCCGUUUUCAAGAACCACCCACACAGCCGAAGUGGUUGCUUCGGUUCUAAAUCUUUCAUUACAAGGACCUCAAGCCAAGAAGACACGAGUAGUCAAUAUGCAGGUUUAUGAAGAUCUUCGAGAGCGUUAUUUUGGUCCUACAUUUGAACUUCAAUCUCAUGAAAAGUAUUCAGAAAUAUGGGAUCUUGACGCAAAAGAUCCGUUCAUGAAGCCAGAAGGUGGAGAAAGCGUUGCUGAUGUUGUUUCGAGACUCACAAGCGCCUUGGUACAGAUCGAGUCUGAAUUUCAAGGAUGUGCGAUCUUGAUCGUUAGCCACGGUGAUCCGCUGCAAAUAUUGCAGACAAUACUGAAGGCAGUUGGUGAACAAGUGGGGACCGAUGGUGGUGACCUGGCGUCACGAAUAGAGGCGGUGAAAGUUCCGUCCGUUCUAUCACAACACAGAAAGCAUGCGUUGUUGACCGGACAACUCCGAGCAGUAGUUUAAGUCCUGACCACAUUGUGUGAGGGGUUAAUAAAAGUAAGGAUGUUUCCAUAUUCUAAAUUGAAUCAUUGUGGCGACCAAGUUGUCGGAAAACCUCGAGAAGUAUUUAUAAUCAUGUGUAACUUGAAUGAUUCUUAACUGUUCCAUUUAUGGAAAUGUUAUCUUCAAAUGAUAAUAAUUAUUGUGUUU